AUGCCCUUUGUCUUGAUCAGCGGAUACCCAUGUUCUGGCAAAACAACACUUGCAAAACAACUCUCCGACUACGUCUCUGAUAAAUAUCCCGAAAAAGAGGUCGUUUUAAUUAACGAAGAAACGUUAAGUGUUCAUCGAGAAGAAGCAUACAACACAAUGCAAACCGAAGAUAGAGUUAGAACAGCAUUCAAGGGACAAGUUCUCCGUUAUUUGAAUCGUGAGACCAUCGUCAUUCUUGACUCUCUCAAUUACAACAAGUCGUUUCGUUACGAGUUGAAAUGUCAUUGUAAGUCAAUUGCAUCAACAAGUGUGACGAUCAGUGUCACGGCUCCAAAAGAGAAAUGCAUUGAGUGGAACGCACCACGGGAGCAAAAAUACACCGAUGAGAUGUUAGUUGAGUUGAUCGAACGAUACGAAGAACCACUCCCCACACACAAGUGGGACCAACCCCUUUUCCAGAUGAAACCUGGGGAUGAGCUUCCUUGCGACAAGAUCUGUCAAAUUUUGUUUGGUGAAUUUAAAGGAAGAAUCAACAUGAGUGUCAAGCAAGACACUGUGGAAAGUAGCACUGCAGUCACUCAAAUAGAUGCGAUCACACAAGACAUAAUUGCUGUAGUCAUGAGGGUUGUCAACUCUCCAACGUUUGUUGGUGGAGAUCCUAUUGUUGUUCCACAAAGCGCAACACGUGUUGUUCUGCCUCGUAAAGUUUCUGUUGCCGAGAUCAAUCGUAUCCGCAGGUCUUUUUUGAAAUUGUUGCAACAAAACUUGUUGACACUUGACAACAACGGAGGCGACGCUUUCGUCGCAUUUUUGAAUUCAGCGUUUUUGUGA